ACCGCAGCUAUAGAAAGAGCUGCAAAUCAGGCGAUUCAUUAAAACAACUUAACAAAUCAACAGGCGGACAAACACAACUGCGGUGGACUGCAACAUGGAGACCUAUUUGACCGAGAUCAAACAAUUGCGCAUACCACGCCCGAAAUUCGAGCCCAAUAGCUGCCAUCAGCAGCACCAACAGGCUACCGCGACAACUGUGACACCGCCCCCUCAUCAUCAGGCCCAUCAUCCGCACCACGCCCACCAUCAGUGGCGACACUUUGUGCGCCCCUUUACGCCGCCACGCGACUAUCAUUUGCCAGUUGUGGGUGGGGACAGCGCCACGCACGACACAAUGUAGAGAGAGGAGCCGAGUGGGGUGGCGAGUGUGGGGGGAGAAAGGGUCUGCGGUCUGUUUGAGCUCAAUUGGAUUGCAUUGGCGUAUUGAUUACACUGCUUAUACGUAGAGAUACAUACAUACAUGCUAUAUAGACUAUAUAUAAAUAUAUAUAAACAUAAUCCAUCAAGAGUUGAAGGCUCUUAGUGCUUAAGUUUAGUGUUUUAGUUAUAGAUAUUAAAUUAGUUAAUAAUAAAGUAACAAAGCU